CCUCCAGAAAAAAAACACCUCUCCUCCUCCAAAAAACAUCUCCUCCCUCAAAAAACCAAAAGACACAUUCUCUCUCUCUCUCUCUCUCUCUCUCUCUCUCUCUCUCUCUCUCUCUCUCCAGAUUCUCCUAAUGUGGUGGGGAAAAUCCCCUCUCCGGACUCCCUCUCUUUCUCAUUCUCGUUCUCAUUCCUUCACCUUCUCCACCUUCAAAGACAUCCAAACGCUCUGCGAAGACGAUUCCUUUCCCGAUACCUCAGAAAGAAAGCAACCCCACCUCAGAAGAUCCCCUUCCAUCUUCCACCGAGUCCGAAUCGCCUCUUCCACCCUCCGCGCCAGGAACUCGCUCCUCAUUCGCUCUGAUGCGACUCACCCCGAGUCACACCGCAUCGUCGUCUACUUCACCAGCCUCCGCGUCGUCCGCUCCACCUUCGAGGAUUGCCGCACCGUUCGAACCAUCCUCCGCGGCUUCCGCGUCUCCAUCGAUGAACGUGAUCUCUCCAUGGACGUCGCCUUCUUGGACGAGCUCAAGGGUAUUUUGGGGAAUAGGAAUCUCACCCUCCCUAGGGUUUUUAUUGGGGGAAGAUAUAUCGGCGGGGCAGAGGAGAUCCUGCAAUUGCAUGAAUCCGGGGAGCUGAAGAAGAUCGUUGAAGGGUUCCCAAAGGCCGAGAUCGGCGUCUGCGAUGGCUGCGGUGGGUUCCGGUUCUUGCUCUGCGGGAGCUGCAGCGGCAGCCAUAAGUGCUUUUCGGAGAAAGGGGGGUUCAGGAGCUGCUCUGUUUGUAAUGAGAAUGGCUUGGUUAGAUGCCCUGAAUGUUGCUGAUGAAAUGCAGAAGAGAGAUAGAGGGAAUUAGGGGCAAGAAAGAAGAAGAAGAUAUCAAUUGGGGAAUUGGGUUUUGUAGUUUCUAUCCUCUUCUUUGAGAUUCUGGAGGUUAGCUUUCAGAGAAGGAAAGAUGGGAAGCGAAAUGCGAUGGAGGGCUACUAAUUUGAAUAGUCACGCGGAGUACUUAAUAUUAAUUCUUCUUCUUC